UUAUAUAGGUAUAAAAAUAAGUGUAUGGGCUCGGGUGGAAUGUUACGCGCGGAACAUAGAGAUCGUCGACGUCGUGAAUAAGAUUUUCCCUGGAGAAAUUAGUCGUUUUCAACGCCCCCUCCUAGCGCCUGCUCAGCCCCUCUUGCUCGUUCUUCAUGUCUCAACAAACCCAGCCAAGAGUCAAGGUCAAGACACGCCUGCCCGCGCGGCCGUUCCCGCCCAACUCGGAACGGCCCCACAUCCGCACGGAACGCCUCAUCCUCAGCCCCUUCGUCCUCGAUGAUCUCGACGGCAUCCACGCGCUGCGGAGGCAGCCCGAGGUCAUGAUAUUCACGUUGACCGGCCGGAUCGACGCCGACAAGGCCGAGACGCUGACCUUCAUGGCCCGGUUCAUGGCGCCCAACGACGCCGACACGUACAACUACGUCAUCCGUCUCGCGUCGACGGGCGAGAUCAUCGGUGCGGGCGGCGUGCUCAGGCACAGCAACUUCUUCGGCUGGCCCGAGGUCGGGUACAUGUUUAAGAGGGAGCAUUGGGGCCAGGGCUACGCCAGCGAAUUUCUCAAGGGCUAUCUCGACCACUGGUGGGCGCUGCCCCGGGUCGAGGCGGAAGUCGAGGUCGACAGGGAUUCAGCAGGCGAGCCCGGGGACGUGCCGGAGAUGUUGACGGCCAUAGUCGACGACGGCAACCCAGGUAGCAAACGGGUCCUCGAGAAAGCCGGGUUCCGCGUAUUUAGGCGGUGGGCCGAGCCUGAUAGCCGGGAGGGCUUCUCGGGGGAUGUGAACCUUGUCGGGUUUGUACUCUCGUCGACAGCGAAAAACAACUAGGUAGAGAAAAGGUGAUUUUUGGGGGGGUUUUGAUGGGACGUCGUAGUCGCGACUACCCUGGCGAACUGGCGGGGCAUAAUGUGAAGCCCUAGUAGAGGCCUCGUUAUAGGUAGGUAUUUCGCCGAAGCAGCGCACUGGUAACAUGCAGUACCUUCUAAUGCGCCACCAACAUAUCGACAGGGUCGCGGCCGUCCACGGGGGCUGGGGGGAUAUGUUCGUGUGCGGAUGGUGACGGGGAUCGAGGCAAGGGACAAGUGGAAAAUAGUUGAGCUCUGCCUGCAGCACAUCGCCGCGUAUUCGCGCUGCCAUGCCCGUUGUCGUCAUCUCUAGGUAGGUGAUGCUGUUCAGCACCCAUGUGGGCGUCCCCUGGCUAGAGGCUGUCAUACCGCACAGACCUGCUACGUAGUAUGUGUAACGAGGGAGGGCGG